AAUGCAAGCCACCCUUAUGGCAAUACAACAUGCGUGGAGUACAGGAUAUAAGAGAGAGUGUACAUAGAAUCAGAUUGUCAGAAGGCGAUAGAGAUUCUGAAUGGAACACUUCUCCACGUUGAUGUCUAUAACUGGAAACGUGAGAUACAAUGGUGGAAAGAUUGUUUUGAUCACUUGGAGUUUCAAUGGAUUAGUAGAGCAGGUAACAGAGUUGCAGAUAAGCAAGCUAGUGAAACAACCAAUUCAAGACAAUAAAUUUUAUUUAUUUCACUAUUUUAUUCCAAGGUUUAUAUCUAAUGAUCUUCACAAUGAUUCUGUCGUUUUAAUGUAACAUUUAAUAAAAUUAAGUGUUAUAAAAACGUAUACUUUCUUUUUAGAUAUGUUAAAGAAAUAACAUGAAAAUAGAUGAUAUGAAAAUUUAUAAAGAAAAUUAUAUAUAUAUAUAUACUAUAUAUAUCACAACAUAUCUAAAGUAUAUAUGAUAAAGAAACUAAAACAAUUGAGAAACACUUUUUUUUUUAGCAACACAAUUGACAGUCACUUUACAAAUUAACUAUUGUAUUUCUGUCACCUAUCCAUUUGGUUAGACCAAGUCAGAUGAGACGGUUCUCUGAUGAUCAUUUUCUAUCUGAUUGUAUCUGAUUGAUCUAUAUGAGAGAAAAUAAAGCUUCUUUUUAUAGUUCAUCCGUUAGAUAAUUCUCACUCCUUAAAAUAUGAUGCAGGUCAGACUUUCGAAAUUAUACUACAGACUCUGAAAAAUAUCAAAUUUUUAAUAAUAAAAGCAGGUCAGUCCAUUGGACUUAUGAAUAUCCACUCUGGAUAAUAUUGUAUAUCUUUAUAUAUAAAAGACAGUUUAAUCUCUUCUUAGGCCAUCCACGUUCACUUCCUCUCGCGUCGACACGUGUCACUGACGACGAGGUGCUGCGUUUCAUUAAACUGAACAUGUUAUCUUCUGGGCCUCGCUCGAUCUUUCUGUGAUGGGCCUUUACACUCACAGCCCGAACGAUGUCACGACGUCUCCAACCCUAAGACACAUUACUCUCGCGUAACCCUUUUCUGCGCCGGCGACGCGUGACGUCUUCGAUUCCUUCCUCUUCGAUGAAACGGCCGGAGUUAUGUCGUCGUCUUUAUUCCAAUUGCAUUCAAUCCCUCGCUCAUUCAAUCCCUCCCUCAGACUCUUCGAUGCGCCAUUUGAACCCGAGCAGAUCUGUAUAAAUAUGUAAGUAUCUAUAGAUCUCCAGCGCAUCAUCUCUUUCUUUCUCUUGAGACUUUCUGAUUCCUGUUGCUAUGUCUAUUUCGAGAGUCUUCUUCUCUGACCUGAAGUCCGGCAAAUGCUCCUCCGUCGUCGAGGCCCGGCUUCUACGGUUCUGGGAGGCGAGGAACGUCAAACGCGGUGGCGAGCUGAUGUGGGUCGAUAUGCUACUUAUGGACGUGAAUUCGACUUUGAUCCAAGCUACUAUCAACGCGAAUCGGCUUCCAAGGUUCCGAGAUAGGCUCGCCGCCGGGACGAUGUACUCUGUUUCUGGCUUUGACGUGGCUCGCUGUGCUCAGAACUUCAAGCUUGCAGACUCUUCUUUUUUGACGUGUUAUCUGAUCCGGUCUCGCCAAUACCGGCAGAGGGAUUCCGGUUCCGUAACCAGACCGAGUUGGUUGGUUUAGCCAAUACAAACACUCAGCUUCCAGAUAUUAUUGGUGAAAUCGUGGCGGUGAAGAGCACCGUGUCUGACCCUCCGGAGGAUAAGAACCGUGUCAUGGUCACCGUCAAAUUAGAAAAUGAUGUGUCUGUCACUCUUAGUCUGUUUGACGCUCAAGCCGUUUUAUUCCACCAGAAGCUUGGAGGCAUGCGUGAUGAUCCUAAAGUGAUUGUUGCCACAAGCAUAAACCCGAAGAUGGUUGGAGGUCGUUUAUUCCUCAACGCAACGUCAGGAACACAUGUUUAUUAUGAUAAGGAGACACAUGCAGGAGAGUCUUUAUUUUACCGAUUGGUGGCUAGAGACACUGGUCUUCCGUCUGCCGCACCUCUCUUGAAGUCUUAUGCGAAGGUUGAGACUGUGACAAUUGCAGAGCUUAACCAUUUUAUCACUACGGAUUCGCCACAGCAGGAAAUAGAUUUCUUAUGCACUGCGAGAGUUUCUCGGGUUGAAUCGGACAAAGGGUGGUGCUAUGUUGCGUGUUCUAAGUGCAGCAAGAAAUUGCAACGCACUGUCACUUCUUUCGAAUGUGCACGCUGUAAUAACCCUCAUGCGGUCGGAUCUUUACGUUAUCGCGUUGAGAUGGUUGUAACUGAUGAUACUGCUGAAGGGACAUUUGUUUGCUUUGAUGGUGUUAUGACGAAGUUGCAUAAUCUCCGGGCAAGUGAGGCGGUCCAGUUACUGGCUGAAGAAGGAGUGAACCCUGAGGAUUCCGUGAUGCCUCCGUUCGUUGCAGGAAUGGAACGCAAGACCUACACUUUCCAAGUCCGUGUCACGCCCUACAACUUCACCGUCAACCACCAGACGUUCACCGUGUCGCGUAUCAUCAAUGAGGUUGAGCGUGCACCAGCUCCAGAAUUUGUCGAUGAUGAAGGUGAUGACAAUGAUGAUGAUGAUGCGCCAGACGGGCCUAACAACCGUGUGGAGUCUGGUUCCGGCAAGGGCAAUUGUGAGACAUCAAAGAGAGCUGGAAAGGAGCCAGUCGGUAAUGUGCGUAAGAGGGCGCGUAUUGCUUAAGAUGGAUCUUCGAUAAUCAUCUCUCGAUAUUCUGCAGCUUAAUAAUGUUUCUGCAUUCUACUUUAUUGUCAUCUUUUUUCUAUCUAUGUUAUGGAUUUUCUACAUUCCAGUUGUUUUUUUUUCAAACUCUCUACUUUAUGGUUGUUAUGAAUGCUUUUUAUAUUGAGUUGACAUAAGUUUAAAAAAGGAACAAGUUGAUGCUUUAUUUGAUUCCGAUGAGUUAAUAAAUGUUAGUGAUUAUUUUAUUAAAAGAGUUAGUGUUUAUUUUAAUUGUGUACGUAAGUGGACGUCCAUAAUCAUAUUAUGGACUACAAAAACUUUGGGUACGUUAGUAUGAGUGUAUGUAUACAGUCCACGGUCUAAUAUAAUUAUGUAUAUGAGUGUGAAAAUAUUUAAUGUUCUUUAAAUUGUGUGCAUAAACUGACGUCCAUAAUCAUAUUAUGUAUUACAAAACUUUGGUUACGUGCAUGAGUGUACGUCUGUCGUCCACAAGCUAAUAUACUUAUUAUUAAAACUUCACUUAAAUCGAUCAAAGUUAUUUUGAAGACAAGGUAUUUAGCAAAUACAGCCAGGAUGGAGCCCGAAGCAGAAUGUCACCAGCAUGAUAUGGACAGCGCAUGCGAAGAUUGUUAUUAUUUUAAUUUAUUGACUACAUACGCACAAAGAAACCGUAAACAAACCCGCCAAAUUUAUUGAAACAUUAUUUAAAUUAAACUUUUGCAUCAAGCUUAAUAACAAAUAAUAAGAUUUCUCCAAUUUAUACAUUAUUCUUCCGUACAAAAUUCACAUGUGUAUAUAUGCAUCAUGAAAAAAAAACAAAAGGCCUCGAAUAAUAAAAGGAUGCUUUGGGGGUUUGGGUCGUACUCACCUAAAUCAAUUUAUAAGUUAGUCUAAUGGAGGAUAGCUAAAACUAAACUUUUGAAAUAAUAGCGAAGAUUACUCUCAUAGUAAUAUAUGAUACUAAAAUUGAACUCAUAACCAGUAUAUUAUAACUUAAAAGUUCUCAUUUGUGUUGUUUGUAUAUGAUAUCAUCUAUAUCAUAAUUAUAAAUUAUUCAUAAAUAAAUAUAAAUCAUAUGAAAUUGUUUUAUUCAAACUUCCCGCCCGAAGGGCGGGCCCGGCCCUAGUUAUCUAAAAAGCAUAAGGUUUUCUUAGUCAUUGUUCCUAAAUUAAAUUGAAAUUUUAGCAUUUGUUAUUGUAUACUAUGUCGUUUAAUGUUAUCAUGUUUUGUUUUAAUAUUAAUUUAGUAUAAAUUAUAAAAGAUUACAUCAAUUAUAAUUCUAUCAUAUGAUCUAUGUAUCACAUUUUUAUUUACACUCUAGUAAAUGGUUUAUAUAAAAAUUACAUAAAUAACAAUAUCUCAUAUUUUUAGAUUUGGAGAUUUUUAAGAUUUGGAUUUCAAGCUUUUGACAACGUUUUUACCAUUAUAGCCUGUUUUUGUUUCUCUAUUUACUCUGUUUUCAACCUUUUUAUUUAGCCUUGAAAAGAAAAACGUUAUUAUAUUUUGUUAAACUAUUUUGUUUUCCGCUGAUUCACAUGAAAUCUGAUUGAGUACAGUCGCAAUGUUAAACGAGUGAUUCUUUAGAUGUUUCUAACAAGAUUGGCAUCAUCUAAGUUUAUCUAUCUACCUCUGCUAUUAUAAGACAGACUUGUGGUUUUUGUCUCUCGUAGUCAAUUUUUUUUUUUACAAUUCAUUCUUGUUGCAGUUCAUUGUUGAAUUCAAGUUCUAAGUUUUUGUCUAAAAAUGCAAACAUACAAAUGCAAUCUCUCCUCUACGAUUAUUGUAAUUUGUCUCUCACCACAUCCACAUGACAGAAAAAACAGAAAUCCUUUUCCAAACAGACAAAACUAAGGCAGUGACAUUGAUCAUCAAAAGGCAGGCUUGCAAGUUGUAGCCAUUAUGUUAGUCUCCACACGCUCAAUCUGCCAAGUCUCACCAACAAUCUCCCACAAGGUUAAUAACACUGCUCUGAUUCAUCUCUUAUCAUUCUUGGCCACUGAUUAUACACAUUUGAAAAAAAUUAUAUAUAAAUAGGUCUCAAAAUUUGUAAAAAAAAAUUCAGGCCUCCAAACUAUAGAAAUCCUUCUUAAAUCGUCUAUAACCUCCAAAAUUUCAGGGCCGGCCCAGACAGAUUCUAUGUCCAAACCCAUCAUUCAAAGCUUGUUGUUCACUUUCAUCUGGCAACAACCUCGACUCCUUGGAUAGUAGUAAGAAACAAACUCUUCUUGACAUUAACACUUGAAUAACUAACCAAAGCAAUUGGAAGAGAAGGUAAGCUCCUGUGGGAACUUUAUUGGCAACUUCAGUUCCAGCAAUUUUGCGUCUUGGUGAAGGUAAUCUGCCACAAUAUGACUUUGUUUGAUCAUAUAAUGUUAUUGCAGAAAUACCAAAAGCAAAACUUUGUUUGGUCAUAUAAUGUUACUGCAGAGAUACCAAAAAGCUACUCAGCUUUUGUGGAUCGAUAAGAUGGGUAUUCUUAUUAUUACCCAUCAGACUGGAGGGAGGGUAAGCUAUGGCGUUAAUUUGUUUUUUUUUUCUGUUGUUGUAAGAACAAAACUUAAAUGAAUAAGCUUUGACAUGACCUUGUUCCGGGCAAACUUGUAGAUGACCUUGUUCCGGGCAAACUAUUACACGUUUGCAACUACGUCCUUUGCAACAGUAGCAGUUGGAAACAGUAAGCACAGAUUAUACAAAGAUGUGAUAUAAGAUUUACUGAUAAAUGAGGAAAGUGAGGCAUAAAAAAAGUUUGAUUGAUUUUGAUACUGCAGACAGAUACUACACACUCAUAGUUGGAGCAAACGAGAGGAGGUAGAGGAAAGUGAAGAAGCAGCUUGAAGUUGUGACUGAUUCUUUGAAGAUCCUUCAGAUUUGACUAACACCAGAAACAUCUUAUGUUGUUACAAAAACUGCUUGUAGAUAACAAUGGAUAUGUUACAUAUUCUCUACAACUCCAACGAUGUUUUGGCAUUGUGAGUUAAGUCAAAUUCUGACUUGAUAUACUAACAGAGAUGAAAUUUCAAUCAAACUUGCAUAUUUCAUAUAUAAG